AUGGCGUACAAUGGACCAAGCAGAGUCAACAUGGUGGAAUACAUCUCGACUCUGAACCACGUCCCAGAGCAGGACGUUCAGCCCAGCUCGGAGUUCCUCGAGGAUGACCUGGCUAUGUUCACCAAUGCGAACUUCUUCGAUUUCGACUUGGGUCAGGAUGCCGAUUUGCAACCAGCCGACUACAAUGGAGAUGGACGAAGGGAGCAGGCUGUUGUUGCACCUGAUGCGGUUGACUUGAAGUCGCUGGAUUUCAUGAAUGGCGACUUCCACUUCCCAGACUUCAACUCUUUCCCUCCGACGACCUUCACCGAUACCACCAUCCCGCCAGCUCCCAUCAACACCACCCAGCCUCUGUACAGCUCCUCGAGCGCUGGUUCCCCUCAAUCAGCGAACCCCCCAUCUGGCACCAAGCGAAAGGCCGAGUCCAUCUCACACGCCGGUUCUCCCUCCGCCAGCGUCGAAGAUGCCGCCCGCAACGCCGCUGAAGAAGACAAGCGCCGCCGUAACACAGCAGCCUCGGCCCGUUUUCGCGUGAAGAAGAAGCAACGCGAGCAAGCACUCGAGCGUUCGGCGAAGGACAUGAGCGACAAGGUUGCGGCGCUGGAAGGACGGAUCAACCAGCUCGAGACAGAGAACAAGUGGCUGAAGAACCUCAUCACGGAGCGAAACGAGAGCAAGGAAGAUAUUGCUGGUCUGUGGAAGAAGUACAACGCCGACAAUGCCGAGCGGAAAGGUUCUGAGCGAAAAGACGGCGUCGGAACUUCGGCUUGA